CUCCAUCUCUGUCUAUGAACGACGACAAACAGACAAGCACAUAAAACCCCUUCGAAUUCCAACUUAGUACUCUCUCAUCAUCAUCAUCAAUCAUCUCCAAAAAACUCUACUAGAAUUCUACUUUCACGCUUACGCUUAACCAACCAACCAAUCCACAGAAUGCCUGCUAAGAACGGUGUCCGUAGGGCUUCCCCCGGCGGUGGCUGCGUUCUCAUGAGAGCUUCUCCUGGCGGUGGAUGCAAUGUUAUGAAGGCUUCACCUGGUGGUGGGUGCAGUGUUAUGAAGGCUUCUCCCGGUGGUGGCUAUGGGAUUAUGUAAACGCACUUAAUCAAAGCCCAAUGAUAUCGAGGGCAGAGCAGGGCUUUGGUCCGAUGAACGAUGACAGUUAGGUUAUAGCGCGAGAAAUCGACUGGUCGACCCGCUGUGAUGAUGUUGUUUGAUGUGGUGUGAUAGUUUUGUUUGUUUCUUUUUUUUCGGGUUCUUCUGUAUAUUGAAGGGAUAGGGGGAAGUGUUUGGACUGAAGUUGUACGUUCUUUUGAGUUCCACUUCAAUGGAGUAAAUAAAUGGAAAUAGAUUGAUUCGGGUAUCGAUGGUAUAUACAGUAGAGGGACGUAAAUCCUGUGUUUUUGUAGAGGAGGGCUGAGUGUAUGCAACAUCAUAUCACAAUAAUCAUACAUCACCUGGACUGAUUGUUAGCUACGUACACCUCAAGAAAGAUGUGCAUGUACUUACCUGGCUAAUCUCAAGUCUAUCAAGGGAUUUUAUGUUGUACAAUGGUUCAAGUUCAAGCAGGUUACGCU